AUGGAGACUGCUACCCCUCCAAGGUCGAUAAAACUCACAAUCAAGUACAAGGGAGAUAAAAGCAUCACCAAUCGCCCAACUAUCCCUGAUCUCCCGAACAUUGAUGAACACGAACACAACACCACCUUAAGUAGUCCCAAUCUCCAGAGUAGCCUGUUAGCAUGUUCUAAAAGUCAGGCGCAUACUAAUUCUACAGAACAGGAACAAAAUAACAGCCCAGAAGAUGAAGAAAACCCUUGUACAGAUAAUUCCCAAUAUCAGUUGGUUCUCUAUGACCCAUCAGUCAACGAGGCCAGUAGCUCAGACAACGGGCUCGAAUCAGUUAAUCAGCAACCUCCUUUUCACAGACCGCAUCCAUUUUCAGAUCAGACUCAACGUGUUCUGCCGUCGAUAGGGGCUUUCACAGUUCAGUGCGCUGAAUGUUUCCAAUGGAGGCUCAUCCCAACAAAGGAGAAGUAUGAGGAGAUAAGAGAGCACAUCAUAGAACAGCCAUUCACGUGCGACAUGGCCCGCGAGUGGAAGCCCGAUAUAUCGUGUGAGGAUCCUCCUGAUAUAACCCAAGACGGCAGUCGGCUUUGGGCCAUCGACAAACCUAGCAUUGCUCAGCCACCUCCUGGUUGGCAGAGGCUGUUGAGAAUCAGAGGAGAAGGGAGCACCAAGUUUGCGGAUGUGUAUUACGUUUCACCUUCAGGCAAGACACUUCGUUCCAGGGUGGAGAUCCAAAAGUACCUAAAUGAACACCCCAAAUACAUGCAUGAAGGGGUGAACUUGUCUCAGUUUUCUUUCCAAAUCCCGAGGCCAUUGCAAGAGAACUAUGUGAGAAAGCGCCCUACUGCUCGUCCUUCACCCGUGAACAAUGCUUGUGAAUAUGCAUUGCCAGGAUAUUUUCCACCUUCAGAAGCUAAAGCCAUAACAUGGGUAAGUAGUCCCACCACAGACUUGCCGAGCGCUUUUGGGACUCCCGGUAAGGAUUUCGAAAGACGGUCGUCAAAAAAGAAAAGGAAAAUUAAAAAAUGGAAUCCCGAUUUGGUCAUUAACCUCGAUGCCGAUGAUGACGAGGUCAGCAUUGUGGAGCCUCAUCGGCUUUGA